UGUAGUAUUGCUCCUGUAGAGGGCGCCCUGCCCUCCUAUUCAUAGCUCUCAGCUCUCCGUGGUCCGGAGUAGAAGCGGUGGCGGCGGUACGGUCGGGUGUGCGGUGUGUAGCGGUGGAUGUGAACUCUCCUCUCUGUCCUUCUCUCGGUAUGAAGAUGUCGGUUCGCGGGAUCUUUCUCGGAUACUUUGUAGCAGUUUGCUGUCAGCGGUCCUUCGGCGUGAUUGUGGAUUCAGAAAACCUCAAUGUGGAAGUGGUGGAGUUUGGAGAGGCGCUUCUCAGCUGUAAUUAUAAACUGGAAAAGGAUCAGAGUGUUAGGCUGGAGUGGAAAAAAGUUGCUCUCGGUGGAGGAAUCUCCUUUGUCUUUUUUCAAAACUCUUUAAUAGGUGACUUAGCGCCACGAGCAGAUAUGGAAAGCUCCAGUAUCAGGAUUAGAAACCUAACAAGAGGAGACUCAGGGAAAUAUCGCUGUGAAGUCAGCGCUCCUCAAGACAAAAAAACCUUCAAUGAAAUUACUAUCACUUUAAAUGUCUUAGUGGCCCCGAGCACUCCAGAGUGCGAUAUUCCCAACUCUGCAAUUAGUGGCAGCGCCGUUGAGCUGAAAUGUCGGGAGAAGCAAGGGAACCCAGCUUCCAAAUAUCGGUGGUUUAAAAAUGGUUUACCUUUGGAUAACCAGAUCCCAAACGCCAGAUCUGCCAAUGUGACUCAUAAACUGGAUAAGGCCACAGGCACGCUGCACUUCAGCGCUGUCACAAAACAUGAUACGGGAGAAUACUUCUGCGAGGCCAGUAACGCGAUCGGCAAACCACAGAGGUGUUUAGCAAAGAAAAUGCAAGUUGAGGACUUGAAUUGGGCGGGGAUCAUAUCGGCAGUGGUGAUUGUGGCUGUUCUCAUCAUUUUAUGUGGCUGCGGGGUGUGCUACGCUCAGAGACGAGGAUACUUCUCUGGUGGAAAAUCAACUGAGAAAGAAGGUUCUCACAUGUCGGCAUCACAAAAGGAAAAUGAUUUCAAGCACACCAAGUCCUUUGUCAUAUGAGGAGCCGGGUUGUGAAGGCAGCCAUUUCAACCGCCAUGUUUCCUAAAUGGCAUGCUCCAUUGCCAAUGAGAUUGACUUGAAAAGAAUAUCUAUUUUUACAUAAAAUGUAAAUGACCAUGUUUAAAAGAGGAAACCAUUUGUGCUUUAAUGUGAAAGGACAACUCAACACAGGGACAGCGAUGUUCGUCUAUCGUCAUUGAGUCUUCCGCCAUCGGGACAAGAAGACAACCCUGCAGUCCCCUGCCAUAAAUUACCAUGCAGUGUUCUAGUACUUUCCUACACUUACUUCAAUGCAUUGGACAACGUCAACAGAGCUCAUGUGUAUAUAGAAAAAUGUGGAGCUAGUUGCUUAGCCUAAUAUAGAAGAGGAUCUCAGUCUUAGGCGUUACUUAAGACGAGAAAUAUUAGCAUUGCAGAUAGGUCAGGAGGCCUUGUACUGAAACUAGCUAGUUUAGUAUUUUAUCUUCUGGAUGAAAAUCUUUCUCAUAAAAAUAUAUACCACCUGCAACAUAAACUUGGUGACCUAUAAAGAAAAAGACUGAGGAUGGAAAGACUCUUUUGUGCCUAUGCAUGGUGGCCAGUUGCUGCUUUGAUGACUAAACCAAACUCUUCCAA